AUGUGGCCAAAAAAUGAGCAAACGCACCACCACAGCGCGAGAGUUCAACUCGCCAAAGUCGCGGACGCUGCCCUGUCAGGAUUGCAGGAAGCUUUGGAAAUGGCUGCAGAUGUCGCAGGAGACACUGGUGUUCCCGGCCUGCAAAGCGGAUUGACGGCACUGGCAGGGAUUCUGGCAAAGAUCAAGACGAACAUUGACGAUGCAAAGUCGCUGACAGAGCGUAUUGAUGCCUUCAAGGCCGUGCUCAAAGAAGUUCGUCAAAUACCUUCAGACCAAGUUCCAAGACAACUUCGGGAUCAAAUGAUAGAUACGUUUGAGUGA